AUGCUUAACAGUGGGUUUAUGCGUGGACGUGAUAAAAAAUUGUGGUUGUCUUCGUUGACGCCCAGUAAAUCUGCGAGGGAAGGAGUGCAGACCAGUAAAGUAUGUCAGGAGUAUGCAGAUCGGGACAGGCUUCUGUGGCAAGAAACUAUGCAGGACUUGCACACGCAGACCGCUGAUCGAAAAGUCGUGAGGGAAAAAGAGGAGGAUAAUGUUGCGAAGCUCCUGCCACAGACAGAAAACGAGAUCUUAGAGAAGGAACAGCAAGCGAAGAAGGUUAAAGAAGCGACGGAGCUUAGGAGAAUGUUGAUGACGCUAAAUAAAGAAGCGGCAGCCGAUACCAGAGAGGGAGGCAAAAGAAAGGGGAAGAAGUCAAAAGGACAUAAGACAAGCCAAAGCACUGGAAUAGGAGAGAACUCUGUGUCGCGAGGAAACAGUCAAAGAAGACAAGAUCAGACCACCGGCACAGAUCAAAGUUCUAAGGGAUGA